AUGGCUACUGGAUCCGUCUCUGUAUGGUGGGACGUGGACGCUUGUCCCGUCCCUAGGGACCUUUCCCCAGAAGACGUCAUUGAGAACGUCAACAGAUUCCUUGAGAUGAAAGGAAUUCACGAGGCUUGGAGCAUGAACAUCUUCGGCAGCGAUUUCCGUGUGAAUCUGGCGAGCAGCCUUGUUCCUAACGUGAAGCUCCAUCAGUAUCCUCCAGGUGAACCAAGAAUUCACGAGGCUAUCCUCUUCUGGGCUCUAGAUGCGCGUCCACCGGCGACUGUUCUUCUCGCAGCAGCUCUUACGCCUGACGUUUCCCGCGUUUUGAUGGGCCUGCAGCACCGGGGUUUUCGUGUUAUCCACGCCUACCCAUCAGCCGUCAGUGUUGAAUCUCUUAAAAAAUCCAGUUCCAAACCUCACAAUCCAGCAGAUUUACCGGACGUGGAAGCUGUGGACUGGGAAUAUGUCUCCGCGGGCUUUUCGUCGCCCGACAAGCUCAGCCUGUCAAAACAUCCUCUGAUCGACGUGACGCCACGGAAAUUGCUCCAAUACGUGAUGCAGUCACUAGAGUACGACAAGCUCCUACCCAGCAACUUCAACGUCCAAGCUCGGCUCCGCUAUGUCAUGGCCAAGCAAGGCCUUAAGGACAUCCCUGGGUGGUCCUCGUGGAAAUUCGUCGAGAGGGCUCUUGCAGCUGGGGAAAUCAAGGUCAUGUCGGAAGAGUGUAACGAUGUCUAUCUGCCCAAGGGGAGGGACAUAUGCUGGCCGUGGAUUGACCCUUCGUUCCCCUGUAACGUGUACGAGGAUAGCAUCUGGCUGGCGUUUCAGAAGUACCUUUUGGCUGAAGGACGCUGGGCAAUGGAAUCUUCUAAAAGCAGUCCUUUUUGCGGACUCAAUUCCUUGCCAGCACCACUAGCUGAUUUUUCAUGUUUCCUCGCUUUCUCUCUCACCUUUUACAGGUACCAUGCAGCGGAGACUUUGAAGAUAGAGGGUCCUCAGGAGCUAAGGCAGCUGGUGAUGGGGCAGCUGAUCCAUGUGGUGCAGCUCUCGGUCACCCUCCGAGGCUGGCUGAAACCCCACCCUACCAAGUGGACUCCUGUGCAAGUGACUGUUCACGAACCUUCUCCUCUUCUGCAACCAGGGGCCCUUCUGUUGCGAAAAUCACUUUUAAUGGCACGAGUCUCUUCAACAAAGACCUCAGGCUACAGUGCUGGAGCAAGUGCUCAUCCAGGCCGUGCUGUUGCGUCUGCCUCACCAACAAGGCUGAGCCCGGCAGCAAUUGCCGCCAUCGUUUCGAGGCCAGGCCUCCCCUUGCGAAACUUGCUGGGAAGAGAGCUGGCUGAAGUUAAGCCAGAGAGCCCUCAUGCUGGAAGCCCAAGGCUCAGGCAAGGCACAGACCAUGGGGAAGAAACGGACUUUCAAGGAGCAUGGGAGCAGGGGAGGGAGCGUGGGAGGGCGCAGCAGUGGGACCAGAGGCAUGAAGCCAGUGGCAUGGGUGAGCGGGAGGUGCCAGUGGUGCUGGUGAAGCCAUGGGAUGAUGUUCUCAAGGUGCCUGCAUCCCCUUCUGAAGGAUUGGCAGGGGAGGAGGGUACAGCCACCUGGGAGGACGAACGACCCAGAGGUAGCUGGAGAAGCACCCCAAGGUCAGCAGCAGCAUCUGCAGCAGCAGCGGAUGUACUUGAAUCGCCUGUCAGCUCUCCUUCCCCCAUGUCUUGGCGCCGCAGGCAGAAGCUGCAGGAGUUCCGUGACUUCGCUGCCAGGGUGCUGCUUAACCAGCCGCAUGGGAUUCAGUUGGAUCAGCUGCAAAAGGAGUGUGCGCGGAAGAUGCCACGAGGAUUCAACUCUGAAGCGCUGGGAUUUGCAAGUCUGAGGGACGUGCUGGAGAGCAUGAAGGAUCUGGCACGGCUGGAGGCGUUCCCUGGAGGGUUUGUGCUGGUCUUUGCCUCUGAUGAGCUGAAAGGCACGAACUUAGAGGGUUGUUCGUCGCCUCUUGCCAGGGCUGUGUCUGCGUCACCCUCUGCUGCCAGAUCAGCUGCUUCUUCUGAUCCUGUGUCUGCACUUCCUUCUCCAACUCCAGGCUUUUCCUCUCAUCCACCCCUUGCUGCUGCUGGUCCUGUUGCCGUUGCAUCUAGUAGCAGCACACCCAGCAGUGCUCUUCACCCGUCCACUCCCACUACUCCACGUGCCUCACCUCCUCCUGUCCCCAAGCCUCGACCUGAAGGCUAUCGCCGCUUCGACACCAGCUGGGGUGGUGAAUCCUCAUCACCGUUCUCCCCACGGUCCUCUCCACACUCCUCUUCCCUUCGCUACAGAGAGCCACCCUCGUCAGAGAGUAAAUUUGCAAAGGAGCGUGCCCUGGGGCCGUCAUUCUCAUCACCCCUGAGCCCUUUCACAGGCCUGCCCUCACCUCGUUCACUCGAUGCAUCCCCAUCUUCCCGACCACCCGGAGUAUUCAACGCACAUCAGAGGAGGCCAUCUGGGCUGGGAGAGGAGCCGUUUGGGAGCAAGGGAGGGAACCAGCUGUGGGAUGAGGGUAUGGGUUGGGGCGAAGGCAAAGGUGGGGCGGUGGAUGGUGGGUUGAUGGAGGGAAGUGCUGCGUUGGGGUCUCCUUCUGGUAGCAGGUGGCGCACUGAGGGAAGGUGGAGGGAAGUGAGAGAAGUUUGUGAGGUGAGGGAAGUGGAGGAGGUGCGAGGAGAGGUGAGGGAUGAGGUGAUGGAGCGGAAACAGAAAGCAUCUGUAGCUGUUCACCCUGAAGCAGGACCCUUCAUGCAGCCAGCCUCGUUCUCCCCCUCCUCCACCUCCACCUCUGAUUCAUCAGGUCCGUCAUCCAUCUUGGAAACCCCAUCGUCUGUGUCAGAUGCAGGUGUAUCAAAGCUGCGGAGCAGGGCGGUGCCACCGCCGUGCCUUGAGCUUCCACUUGCAACCAUCGCUGCAGAAAACGUGACGGAGAGCAGCAAGGGUAACCUUACAGAGAGCAGCAGGUCGGCCAAGGCAACAGGGCCUGCAAAAGGCAGGGCAGCAGAUGGGGGGAAGGCCAGAGCAAGUCACAAGGCCGAGCUAAUGAGGAGUGAUCUGAGGCAACUGCUGCAGGAGGUGCUUUCAAAGCCAGGGGUCCACAAGACAGGUUACCAGCUCGCUUUCCUCAAGGGUGCUUUCCUGCAGAAGUAUGCAUACCCUCUGGAUCACACUGUGCUGGGCUAUCCCAAGCUGAAGGCGCUGCUGCUGAGCAUGGAGGAUGUUGUCCAUGUGGCGGCUGCUCCUGGGGGACAUGGGGUGUCAGAAGCAGGGGUGCAGAGUGCAGAUUCAUCAGUGAAGGAGGUGGUGAAAGCUGCCACGCACUGGCAGGUGAAGGUGCAGCAUGGUGGCAAGGCGAAAGUGGCUGCACCUUUACCUGCUGCACCCUCAGUUGCGCUCUCUCCAACUAUUCCUACAUCUAGCCCUUUGUCCACAUGUUCCCCUGAGGAUGAGCUCUCCGUGUCAGCUCUUGAGCCUGGCAGCUUGGUGCAUGAGCAACCCAUGGAGCAGUCACCCAUUAUGGAGGAGGGCACACCAGAACGGGAUGAAGGGUCGCCAGAAGUUGCGGCUCUUGUUUUGGCUAGUUUAGAACAGAAGCGUGAGGAUUCUGCCCCUAAGACACAUGCUGAUGAGGAUGAUGAUGCCAGAGAAAGGGCGAUGGAGGCUGCCUCUCCAGACAUAGCAGCGCGGCUCGUCCCGUGCGCCAAUGCUGCCAAAUCACCCGAGCCUGGCGCGCGAGAGAGCAUUCAAAGCAUGUGGGACGAAGAGCUCAGCCGCGCGAAAUGCGCCGUGCAUGGCGGAGACUGUCAGGGAAGGGACGACGGGUGCGCUCCGGCACUCAAGGAGCUUAGCGGCGGGGGCCCCUCCGGAGAUUCUUCGGCUGGUCGAAGUGGCAGUGUGGGAGUGCCACGUGGCGUUCAGCAGCUGUUGAACGAGGCAUUUUCUGCCAUCCCAGUCUCGUCCUUCCCACUUCCACCUGGCGGAGAAGUCGUCGAGAUCGCAUCUGACGCUUCCAUUCUCGAAGCCGUGCGCAUCCUGUCCGUCCAUCGCAUUCUCUCUGCUCCUGUCCGCAACGCCAGGCUCACAGGCACAGCAGCAGGGGGGGCAGAGCCAGGUGGGGCGAGAGAGGGAGGAGCAGCGGGAGGAGGAGGAGCAGGUGGGGCAGGACUAGGUUUAGGACCCGAAGUGGCGUGGUCUGAUCGGUACCUAGGAAUGGUGGACUAUGCAGGUGUCAUGAUGUGGGUGUUGCAGCAGGCUGACCUGGCAGCUGCCACGCUGGCAGCAGGCACCGCAACGCUGACAGGUGUCGGGGUGGGAGUGGUGGGAGCGCUAGGAGCAGCAGCACUGGGGGUGGGAGGUGCACCGCUGGCUGUGACUGGCGUGGCAGCAGCGGCGGUGGGCGCAGCAGUGGCAGGGGGGUUGAGGGAGAGAAGGAAGUUGGGAGGAGGGAGAGGGGGCGGCGCUGCUGCUGCUGCAGAUUCUCUCGGUGUGGAUUUUUUCCAUAUGAUCACUGAAAACGAGCCGUUCAAGUCCGCUACAGUGGCAGACAUCACACGCAGCUACCGCUGGGCGCCAUUCCUCCCGCUGCAGCCCACCGACUCAAUGCUCACGCUGCUGCUGCUGCUCUCGCGCUUCCGCAUGCGCUCCGUGCCAGUUGUUGCCCUCGGAUUGGCCCCUCCGGCCCCUCGCCUGCACAACUUGAUCACACAGUCUGCCGUGGUUCGUGGCCUUGCCAGGUGUCGUGGAUUUGACUGGUUUGAUGUGAUUGCAGACAAGCCUCUGAUGACUCUUGGCCUGCCGCUUGUGGGGGAGGAGGAGGUGGUGUCAGUGGAUACGGGUGCGUUGGUGCUAGAGGCGUUUCUUCUCAUGAAAGAGAAAGGGGUGGGGGGCGUGCCGGUAACCGACGGUCCAGAUCGCAUCCUGUACGCCAACAUCAGUGCAAGGGACGUGGGGCUUCUGCUGCUGCACCCAGACAUGUUCCACUCUAGGAGCCACUUGACCGUGCGUGACUUUGUUGAUCGCUGCCUCGCCCUGCAAGCAGCAGACCUGCACGUCCCACCUGCUUCCUCCUCCCUCACAGCAGCCGAUCUCUCUAGCACCACCAGCACCACUCCCACCCCUACGGAUGCCACAGUGGGUGUCAGCGGCACCAGCAUUACCACCACCAUACCCCUUGCCAGCACUGCCUUGGGCGCCAUUGGUAAGACGGGCAGCAAUGCCAGUGACAGUGGUAGCGGCGACAGUUAUGGUUUAGUGGGGUCGAUGCGACCAGCUGUGUCCUGCAGGCGCACGGACAGCCUUGUGUCGGUGAUAGAGACGCUGGCAGGGAAGGGCAUUCACCGCGUGUAUGUCACUGACGACCAUGACCGGCUGCAGGGCGUGGUUACGUUACGCGAUAUUAUUUCGAGGUUUGUUACGGAGCCGGAAGGGUAUUUUGAUAACUUUCUCGGGGAUAUGGCCCGAGCCUGGAAGUAA